GGAGCUAAAUCAUCCGAGAAGAAGAAGAAGUCUCGGGUGGCGGUGAACUGAUGGCAACGUUGUAGCAAAAGGGGGAAACGAAUUUCACCCGGCACCUGCUGUCAGUGUGUGUUUGAUAUGAUGCAGCAAAAUCCUGUCCUCACCAGAGAGAUGCUGACCUGAUCAUACUAGUGACCAAAGCUCGGCGCCCUCCAGACCAGCUGUGACAGGACAGCAGGACACGGAUCAGGGACCGUCAUGGCUGCCAAGCAGCAGAAACCUCCGGCUGCCUCAGACGGCUCAGCGGAGCCUAAAAGGACGGACUUCAGGGCCAAUGAGAAGAAAUGCUCCUGGGCCUCCUAUAUGACCAACUCUCCGACUGUGAUAGUGAUGAUUGGGUUGCCCGCUAGGGGGAAGACCUACAUGGCCAAGAAGCUGACACGCUACCUCAACUGGAUCGGAGUGCCAACCAAGGUAUUUAACCUUGGAGUUUAUAGGAGAGAAGCAGUGAAGUCAUACAAGUCCUAUGACUUUUUCAGACAUGACAACAAGGAAGCAAUGCAAAUUAGAAAACAGUGUGCUCUGGUGGCACUGGAUGAUGUCAAGGCAUAUCUGAAUGAGGAGGGAGGUCAGAUCGCUGUUUUUGAUGCCACCAACACCACCAGAGAGAGGAGGGAACUCAUCCUUAAUUUUGCAAAAGAUAACGCCUACAAGGUGUUUUUUGUAGAGUCAAUAUGUGACGAUCCAGACGUCAUCGCUACAAAUAUUCUGGAUGUGAAGGUGUCCAGUCCAGAUUACCCUGAGAGGAACAGAGAAAGUGUCAUGGAGGAUUUUCUGAAGAGAAUUGAAUGUUAUAAAGUGACCUACCAACCUUUAGAUCCAGAUGAACACGACAAGAACCUGUCCUUCAUCCAGGUCAUAAAUGUUGGCCGUCGUUUCUUGGUCAACAGGGUGCAGGACUACAUCCAGAGUAAAAUAGUCUACUACCUCAUGAACAUCCACGUACACUCCCACUCCAUCUACCUCUGUCGGCAUGGAGAGAGCCAUCACAAUGUGGAGGGACGCAUCGGGGGAGAUGCUGAACUGUCAGAGAGAGGGAAACAGUUUGCUGCAGCUCUGAAGGGUUUUGUUGAAGAGCACCGUCUGUCAGACCUGAAAGUUUGGACCAGCCAGCUGAGACGCACCAUCCAGACGGCAGAGGAGCUGGGAGUUCCCUACGAGCAGUGGAAAAUCCUCAAUGAAAUAGAUGCUGGAGUGUGUGAAGAGAUGACCUACAAGAUGAUUGAGGAAACUUACCCAGAGGAGUUUGCCAUGAGGGACCAGGGCAAGUAUCACUACCGCUACCCCGGAGGAGAGUCCUACCAGGAUUUGGUUCAGCGGCUGGAGCCAGUUAUCAUGGAGCUGGAGCGCCAGGGCAACGUUCUGGUCAUCUGUCACCAGGCCGUCAUGCGCUGCUUGCUGGCCUAUUUCCUGGAUAAGAGUGCAGAUGACCUACCCUACUUGAAGUGUCCCCUGCACACUGUCCUUAAACUCACCCCUGUGGCUUAUGGCUGUAAAGUGGACAUGUUUGACCUGAAGGUUGAAGCUGUCAACACUCACAGGGACAGGCCAUUAAGUAAAGUCCAAACAGAUGUCGUGCCUCCAGCUUUCCUCAGAAGGAACAGCUUCACUCCGCUGUCCAGCCAAGACCAGGUUAAACGACCUCGUCUUUACAGCGUGGGCAACCCUCCACAGGCCCGCAUGUCCCAGGCCCCCGCUUUACCCAGCUUGCAGUUCUCCGAGGCGUCAGAGGGGGCAGAGUUGUUACAAAGCGAGGACUCUCUGAACGGUUUCAGUGCAGCAGACACAGACGACUGUGUUCACAGUUAAAGGAGCAAAAUAAGAGGUAUUUUCAGUCCUUUCCUCUUUAUCUUUCACAUGGAACAGCUGCACCCUCCACUGCAUAUAUCUCACACCUUCGUUUCUCCAUUUAAUCCCACCCUUUUCUCCACUUGGAUGCAUUACCAAUUCUGAGGACCAGCAGUAAAACAUUGCAGCCAGCUUCAACAAUUACAUUCUUAAGCUCUGUGCACCAUGUCUGUAUAAACCCUAUAUGUGUUGUCUGUUUAGUUUUUGUUGGAUAGGAAAUGUAUACGUCAGCGUGAGUGUGCACAUACAUACAUGAAGUUGAUGCCUUUGCACAACAGCCUUCAAAUCUGAGCUGUGAUCCACCUCUGAUACAUAAUGUAAACAUUUUUAAUAAGUAGCAACUGAAAACUCGUUCCUGCAUAUUAUCCUGUAUUAGACAUAGAAUACCUUGAUUGUGAAUUUUAUACCUCAGUGGAAGCUACAGCCUUCGGUUUUAGAGUGCCUCUCUGUAGAAGGAAGCUAUGUACAGCCUGAAUGUGUCUUUGGAUUCUUUCUUAAAUUUACUGAUUUAAACAUUCCCAGGUAAUGUGCAGCCUUCCUCUGGUGAUCUGACAAAAUGUAGUAAUAAUGUUAUUUUUAUGUCAUUGCCUCUGUGUCAUUAAGAAGACAUUUUAUUUUGUCUAGCUCUUUGUAAAGUGCAGCAGCUACAAUAUGUCUGCGCUUUUCCUCUGUGACAAUUAUUCCAAUUAUUCCUUUCUUCUCUUAAAUGAUACCUAUUUGUAUAUGUUGCCUUCUAAUCAUAACAUGGACCCCAGGAAGAGUAGCUGCUUUGUAACAGCUAAUGGUGGUCCUAAUAAAUGGUAAUCAAAUAACAGCUUGAAUGUACUCAGCCUCCCACUGUGAUAAUAUAAAGCUGAUCACAUUUGAACUCCACAAAAUUGAUGCAACUGUUCCAAAUGCAAAGUGCUGAAUGACACUGGAUACUGAGCUUUAAUGCUAUUACUUUAUUCAUAAAGAAAAGCAAAUCUGAUGUGCACUUCUGCUACAAAGAAGAUACUGUAUGUGUUAAGUACUACCUGUAUUGUAUCCAUAUUAAUGACAUCCAUUCAGGUGACUUUUAUUCUACAAGGCUGUGUUGUAAUCAGGAAUAUUUAAAGGAGCUAUUUGUUAGUUUUUGCUAUAGCUACAUCGUUAGCAUUAACAGUUGUUUAUUUACCAGUCUAGAAGAAACUUCCUGAGUCCAGCAUCAAACUUAACUAUUACUUGCCAAGAACUGUCUCCAGCAGUGGAAACAACGACAGUUUUUUGCUUCUGGUUAUGUCACUUCUUUUCUUCUACUGAAAUUAACAUGCUAGCCCCGGCCUGGCCAACCCAUCUCGUCACUUUUUGAUGAUAACACACUGUAGUACCCAGACUAUCCUGAAGAAGUGGCGCUGCUCAGAGGACAUAUUCUAACCUCUUGUAUUGCAAAUGCAACAAUUACUGGAGCUCUUGACAAGCAACCAUCACCAACAACCAGCUCCUGGGAAAAAACACAUUCUGUGGCGGAGAAAACUUACAAAUAGCCCCUUUAAAAUAUAUAAGUGUAUACUGUACAUAAUAUGUAAAAUUAUGUUUCGCCUGAAUUGAAGGAUUGGCAAUACAUUUGGAUGUCUCAGAAAAGCUUUAAUGUUAUUGCACACUGGUAUGUUUCAUGUUUCAUAAAAUUAUCCUAAUUUUA